AUAUUCUUUUCAGGUAAUUGUAACCUGUAUGACCGUUCUAUAUUAUUAAGACAGCUGUCAGAUUUAAAAGUUCCGUUUCCCACAUCUAUUAGAACACUCCUGUAUAUUAAUAAUUCUUCUCCAUAUAUAUUUAAAUCAUUGUAUUCAUUCCUCUCACGUCAUAAUAUAAAAUUAUAAUAUAUUACCAUUCCCUGAUCCUUAUCCAAAUUCCGACAUAUCCGUUAUAAUGUAAUCCUUUAAUUCCGUUUCCCCGUUUUACUCGUUUGGCUGAAUGCGCCAGGAGCGCGAUGCCAUAAAAAAAAAAAAAAAAAAAAAAAAUAUUAAAAAAAAAAGAAAGUAUCUCGAACACGAACGGAACGAAAGAGGAUUAAAGCCCUAUUCACCGCUGAGCUGAAGUUCUCGAGAUAAAUCUGUUUUCAAGAACUUUGCCAGACGAAUUUAGGCUACAAUGACAACACCAACACCUACACUUGAUUCGAAACUUCGCAAUCAGCUGACAAGGUUCCUUCAUACGGGAAAUGAAGUCCCCAAGUAUUACCCGGGCUGCUGGACGUCACAAAAAUAUUUUCAAGUUGAAAACUUGAAAACAAUUGAUGAGGCACUUGCUAAUGGAGUCAAUAAUGUUCAAGUUGUGGAUGUCAUUUUAAAGGCUUACAAAGAUGGGUGGUACACAAGAUUUGAAACCAUUGCGUUUGCUCUCACAAAGUGCCUAUUGCUGGGAAGUGCCGAUGUCAAAGCUGCUACUUACAAAGCUGUUGGACAAAUUUGCAACACUCCGGAGCAGAUGAUGCUAUUCUGCAAAUACACUAGGCUAUUGAAAACAGGAAAUGGCCAAGGUUGGUGCAAGAUCGUCAGGUCGUGGUACACCACCAAAGACCCCAUGGAACUAGCAAAGGAGCUCACGAGGGUGAAGGCUCGCCAUGGCCGCUCUCACAACACCCUGCUCAGGAAGAGCCAUGUUAAGAUCGACGAAAAUGAUAAAGCCCGCGACAUCGUCAUCAAAUAUGCGAUCUUCGGUUUGAAAAAAGCGAGGCAACUGGCCGCCGACCACGAACAGACGAAGACUGUGCUGGAGUAUAUACAAAAGGUGGAGGACCUGAGGCACUGUGAGGAUCCAGUCGCGGCGGCCGCGAUGGUUGAACAACAUCGGUUCACGCUUGACCACAUACCCGGACAUUUGCUGACUUCGCAGGAUGUGUGGGACGCCGUGCUUCCUCACUUGGAGCUCAGCGAUCUGCUCUACAACGUGCAACGCGUGCACAACAUGGGCUUCCUCACGAGCGACUCGCCGACGACCGCGAUCCUGGUGUCGCUGCUGAGCAACAAUGACGUCAUCAAGAAGUCGAAAGUCACGCCCAUCGAGGUGUACAUCACGCUGAAUAAUUACAAAAGAAAAACCAGACCACUGAAACACGAGAAAGCAAAAGUAGCUGUGGAGAAAGAGAGACGCCGUCGCGCCCGCCAGAUAUUCGACAGCAAAACCGGGCUCUGGGAGUGGUCGGUCACCCGCCGCCACCCCAAGGAGGUCAAGCACUGGGGCAUCGACCAGCCUCCGAACCAAGCCGUGCUGAACGCGCUAACGAAUCUGGUGGAUAUGACCUGGGCGCUCACGCCCAAAACUGGAGCGCGCUACCUCAUCACUAUGGACAUGAGACCACACAUGUUUAAAGGCCGCCACUUCUGCAAGAACUUCGUGCUGCCCAAGAAGGGUCGCAAGACGGCCGCCACCGCCACCCCCACGAAGACCGCCCCGGCGCCCGCGGCGGCGCCCGUCACCGCCGCCGGCGACGGCGACGCCGAGAAGAAGUGCAAGAAACACCUGUUUGCCGAGUGCUUCUACAAUAAACACGUCACGCCGGGACAUGCCGCCAUCAUACUGGCUCUUCAAAUCCUGAAGCGCGAGGACAAUGUGAAGCUCGCAGUGUUUACAGACGAAGGCGUCCAAAUCGUCAACGUCGACAAGAAGUCGACCUCUAUUGACCAGGCGGAGUACAAUCUCAGGAAAUCCAACCUGGGGCGAGUUCAACUAGACGCGCCCAUAGAAUGGGCCGCCAAGAAGAAGAACAAGUACGACGUGUUCAUCAACAUGGUGGAUCGGACCACGCGGUACAUGGAGCUGGAGCAAGAGCAGCGCGGCGGGCGCGGCGCGGGGGGCCGGUUCGGGCCGCCGCCGGCGCCGGGCAAGGAGCUCCCCGACCACUGCCCCGUCAGGGCGCUCUUGCGUUACAGGGCCGCGGUCGAGGCGAACGCCAAGCUAAUCGUGAUGUCGCUAGCGUCGCACCGCGUCGCGACAACCGACGGAAGCCACGAGGGCGUCCUCGACAUGAUCGGCAUCGACGAGCACACGCCCAAGGUCAUGGACGCAUUCAUACUCGGACACUUCAAGUAAAACCCUAAACAAAUGUCUUUCCGUACAGAAGGGGCCUUAAUGUCCAGGUCCGCCGAACGCUCCGCGAAGCUGUUCGCGGUGUAGUAGUAAUGUAGUGCGCAAUUUGUGCAGCAAGCAACUAACGGCGCAUUCGCCAGGUCUGGACGCACUUUUACGCAGCAAGACCUCUAACAAUUUAGAGGAUUGUGAGCUUUUAUUUCAUGCAAUAAGCGUAAAUAACUCUUGUGUAAGCGCGAGCGUAGUACAGUAAGUGUAAAGCGUAAAUCGGUCCCUUUUUAUGCGGUAUGAUACGAGAAUAAACUGCAUAGAAGCGUUGCUGGCAACUCGGACUGUUUGGUUAUUGUUUGGACAGUUUUAAAAAUAAUCUGAACUGUAGGUAUUCAUAAUAUCUAGUGACUGAAAUGAUAGGUUUAAUUGUCAAUCGUAAAUAUUGUAUGGAGCAAGUUUCAAAUACCAAACAUAAUUAACACAUUCGUUGUCUAUGUAAUAUUUAUAUACCUAUAUAAACAAAUUAUUUCUGACAUAUUUACCUAAAAUAAAACUGUAAUUCACUACUAAAACUUUAAAAAAAUUAUAUCUCUAAGUCAUGGCCGCCUUUACACCUGUAAGUUUUACUUACGUAAGCGACUCACGAUAAAUUUUCAAGUGUAAACACUUGUUGUAAGUAGCUUACUGUAAUUUUUUACUACUUUCGUAAAUUGGGAAAUUACAAGUCUAAACACGUUCGUGUUUGUUUACGGAAGCGACUCACAGCUUAUCGAACUUAAUUGAUAAGUUGAGAACUUACACCAUAACAAUGUCCUCUAAACAAAAACAAACCAAACCUGGUCACCAGACGAGGUAGAAACUUUAAUUACCGCUUUUGAAGCACGUCCCAUAUUGUGGGACUACAAAAAUAAAGAAUACAAAAUCUCAGAUGGUGAAAUUGCCUGUCGAAAAUGUGUGUUUUUUUUUUAAUGAUAGGUGCCACUUUUACCCAAAAUAUAUUCAACACUUGUAACAUUCAUUCUUAUAAAAUUUAAAAAUUGGGCUCGGUCUUCCAUUCUCAACUCCUUCAAAAGAUUUUCAAACGCACUUCGUGCCAUUCUUUUUUCUAGCCAAGGUUUUACCCAGCAUUUUCUUUCAGCAUUCUUUUGCAUUCUCCUUUUAUUGUAUAAAAUUAUAUAUGCAGCAGCCGCUUGUACGUGGCGACUAUGAGUAGACAUUUUUAUUAUUGAUUUAGUAAGUAAUUUAUGCAAGCUUAAACUCACAAAAUUUACGUAAGCAUUUUUUACUGUAAGUUUAUUUUAAGUAUAAAUGCAACUGUGCGUAAAUUACAUAAAUAUUACGAAAGUAACUACAGGUGUAAAGGCGGCCUUAGGCUACUGAAUAAGCGUCUCAUGCAAUUUUUCUCAGGUGUAGUCCUUGUGCCAGCUUCGCUUCUAUUCGUUGAACACACAUCAACGCGUCAAUUCCCAACAUUUGGUCCUUAAAUCGUAAGAAAACUACCGGUGUACCUCAUUAUAGUAAUCGAUUGAUCUGUGUGAGUUAUUUUACCACAAAGUGUUCCGAAAAUCAUGUGAUUGUGUCUAAAAAGUAUUUUUUUUUAUUCGAAUUUGAUUUGACGUAACCGCAGGGGCGUCAUGGCUUCGGCCGCUUAUCGUGUAGCUUUUGUUUGUUAAGAUAUGCUUGUUUUGCUUCUGAAAUUAGUUAAGGAAAACGAUUUAUUAAUAAGUUGUUUUGUUCUCACUCUAGAUAUUGAAAAUUACUGAGUUGUCAAAGAUCUCCUCUUAUUAUGGAGUGUGGAAUUAAAAGGAUUGAAAUCUCUUAUGGUACUGUUGCAAAAGUGUCCAGCUGUCAGCUAUAAAUAAUAGUUCCAAAUCUCUCCAGAAUAGCGCUCGCGUAGCUAAGAACCUAGGCGCUAUUGACGGAGUGAAGUGCGCUGUCUAUGAUUUGAUUUUAUUUGUCAAGUCUUCUAGGUAUUGUAGCGCUAUUGUAUUUAAGGUUUUUUGAUGACACUUUUUGGUACAUACAGAUUCCAUUCCUUACCUCCACCUUCCAUAACUCUUAUGAAUAGGUACAUUUUUAUGAGUUAUGAGACAAGCAAAAAGGUUAGUAUCGACCGUAUACAUACCGCUAAUACACGAUAGUAUUAGGGUACAUCCCUCUCGUUGCAUUGCAUUCUCAUUGCAGUUGUUAGCUUCAUGACGACAAUAGGAUGACAAUCUUAUUCGAAAUAUAUAUAAUACAUUUUAUAUAUUGUAGAUGACCGAUUAAAUGGCUAAACGCGACAAUAAAGUUUGUACAGGUAGAGUGAAUCUAUAUAAAACAUACAACAUCACACUAUACAAUGUCGUGUAUUACCCAGAAUUUUUAUUUAAAGUUUCAAGUAAGAAUAGGGAUGAAAAUUCCGGAGAAAAACAAAUGCUUUUUUCGGGAAUUUUACCAAUAUUUCGAUUAUUCUGAUAAUUUUCCUGUUUUAUUCAGAAAAAUUAAAUACGUCAUACGAGUGAUGAGUGAUGAUGAUGACAGUGUCAAAUAUAUAAAAUGCCAGAAACUACCCAACACAUUAGACGUGCAACCUUAACCUUCCUGUUAAAUUCACAAUUAAAUUCAUAUGGAAAAAUACAGAAGUUUAAAAAAAAAACUUGAUUUUUUCGGCUUUAUUAGUUUUUUUCGGAAGUAUUGUAACUGAAAUUUGCAGUGUUUUUUUUUUCGAAAGAAACUUGAAAAAAAACGAGUCGUUUGGAAAUUUUCCCGUAUUUUUCCGUGUUUAUUCAACGCUAAUGUUUUGUGAAAGCUAAUGAUUGAAUUGUAAAGUUAUUUGGUAUGUCGUUAUACCAAUUAUGAGAUUGUGGUUUUAAGUGUUCCUCGCAAAAAAGCGAGAAAAGCUUAAUUUUAUUUAUAUUGGCGUCUGAUAAAUAUUUUAUAUCAGGACGGAGCUACAAUGCUUCAGCAAAACUAGUAUUUUAGUCAAACAUUUUUGAUGAUUGGUUUGGUGUACUUAUUUUGUCUGUUCGUUUACAUAUUUUUUUAGAGAAGUUUAUUUGGCACUUAUAAUAAUAGUAUGUUGCUUACUACUGUAACUCUGAAGCAUAUCGAUUGAUAGCACCCAGCCAAAUGAUAAAUAUUUUACAUUUAUCGCUUUACACAAAUUACCUAUUCAUGUAGAAAUACCGCAACUUGUGAUUUUGUAUAUCUUCGGAAUUAAAUUGAACUGUUAGAGUUUCAAAUAUCCUGAAUGUUCAUAAAUAUGAUGUUGUAGAUCGACCUCACGUAUUGUUAGUUUUUGUAUUGCAUGUGCUUAGUUAGCGAGUAUACCUAUGUAUAAGCAAGUUUUGUUGACACGUAGUUUAAGCAUAGUACAGGGUCUUUUUGGAUAUCAAAAUAGGCGCCUGUCUCUCUUGUUUCACACAAACAAUCGGGCUGAUAAAAGGUAGGGGAAUAUUUCUUUUAUUUUAAGUUUAUAAAAGAUUAUAUUUAUUACACCUUACUAUGAUUAUUUGCACCCUCCGAUCAUAUAGACUUGCCAGUACUUUGAUGAUGAUAUACAUAAAACAUGAUGAAAAAUAUUAUUUUUAUGUGUAACUAAGUGCCUCGUAUGAAUAGUGAGUCGUUAAUAUUUAAUAUUAUAUUUGCCAAAGUAAUGUUGCAUUUGUAAUUUAGCCACAAAGUACUGGCAGCUUUGAAUUUGUAUUUUAUAUUAUGGUGCAUACAGCAUUUUGUAACUACAUGUAUUAUACCGUAUUGGAGUACAUAACAUGCGACCGUUUGACCUUCUUUACAUAACGACUGUACAUAUUUAUAUGUUUUAAAAUUUAGGACUAUUUUGAAUGGUAUAUUCAUAAUGCUUAAAGGUGGAGGAUAUUAAGGAAAGGACUUGACGGCGUGUGGUACUUUCACUAUUGUUAAAAUUUCAAAUAUUAGUCAUCUGUUUGUGCACACAAAGGCGGGUUCUCUUUCUUGAAUUUUUUAGCUAUUCUCCCCAAGGCCCAGCUAACGAUACGCUAGAAAAUGUAUCAACUUUUCUGUAAAAACCGACUAAGUUUUUACUAUUGUCAAAGUGACUUACACCGUAGCAUAGCUCAGUGAAUUUGGUCGCUUUCUGCAUUGAUAAAAGUUGGUUGUUUUCUGCUAACUACGGUCAAAUAGUGUGUCAUUUCCUUUGUUCUACAAUAUUCAGUGUUUCACCGUUCGCCUGUGGGCUACUGUUCUAUCUUGGCCGAUCACUGCUAAACCUUAACGUAACAAAAGAAAUGCUACUCUAUUACUUUGGCAUAAGUUUUUCAUUAAAUUGAAUAUGAAUAGCUCUAUGGUACAGGCCUUACGAGAUUUUAAAUCAUUGCAUUCUCGAGACGUGCUGAUGCGAAUGAAAUUCUCCAAAUCUGUGAUGACUUUGGUACUCUCUGAUGGUUUAAGUGUUUUUUUAUAUCUAAAAUAUUUAAAAAAUAUCGGAAGGUUCAUGAAAAUCAUAUUGUUAAUUUACUCUUUGUUUAUCUACAUGAUAAACAACAAUUCGUUUUGUUAGAAAAUAUUUUAGAUAGAGUAAUCCUGUAAGUUUUAAGUAUUAUCUUUGUUGGUCGACGAAACAUUUGUUAUAAAUUGCGAUUGGUGUCAUAUAAAGCUGUUGGUAGUGACUAUUUAUUUACGAUACAUAUGAAUAUCUCUCGAAGCCAUCGACAAUAGAUACUUAUUAUCGUUAAAUAAAUUUAUGGCUAGUCACUAUAUCUCAAAAAUAGCAUUCUGUGAUUUAAUGAUACCUUGGCAAUUUCGGACUUUUUAGGGCUAAUAGUAUUCGGCCCUGUGGUCACACGAAGAGAACUGUCUCUAUAUUUUAAUAUUAUGCGUCGAAGUCGUCAUAGACUAGACCAAAAUACCGACUGUUAACACCGAACCGAAGAAAAAAUAACCGAAGAAGAGACGAACAAGAAUCAAGACCCUUAAGAGCCACCCCACACUAGCGUCUCCUGAGCGUCAGCGUCUAUAGCUGCUGCUCGACGCAACGUCACAGUGACGCCAUUUUCCAAUUUUUCCGCUUGGGAGACGCUAUUUAGUGUGGGUGGGUCUCUUUCAACUGCCAAAAGUGGUAUCAUAGCAAGCAGGAUUUUUUUUUUUACACAAUAUCUCUAUUGUACAUUUUAUCAUGUUUUAUACGUCGUUCGUUGUCGAGGAAAAAUACAUAUCAGAACGUUACUAACGGUUUGAAAGAGCGCUACUAGACUGGCAUUACAUAUUUUUUCACUGAAACACCACGGGGCCGGAUCCUAUACAAGAUACCUAAGGCAUAUAUUAUAAGGAUGCAGCCGCGUUAGGGAUAAUCUAAUAUAUAUAGUAUUACGCAUGUAAUGUAAAACACAUCCUGUUGUUGUUUCAUUUUUUUAAUUAGUGUUAUGAAGUUUUAUUUUACGUUUUCUUUUCUUUUCAGACACAUUUGUAAACAAGAGCUUGCUAGUGCAUUUUUUUAUUAAUUCCGGAGAGAACUAAUUGAUCCGUCCUAUUUUGAAUCAGAACAUAUUCAAGCACCUAAACAGCUUUUAGUUUUAAGUGUUUAGUACAUAGUUACGAUGAUAUUAUUAUUAUGUAUAACCCAUCCACAGCAGCAUACCAAUGGCACCAUUAAAGAUAACAAAAUGUAACAUUUAAAAAAUGUACUUGCAUGUUUUUCAUUUCAUGAUAAUUAAACUCUUGUGUAAAACA